GCCUAGACGGUUCGCAGAUAUCUGUUUGUACCGACAACUUCCAGUGAGACUCUGGACAUUGCACAGAAGGAAGCACACAUCUAGUCGUCCCGAGAUCGUGCUGAAUGAAAGUCCCCGAGGGAAUAUCGAUGAAGCGCGUCAAGGUUCCAGCUGCCUUGAUUGGAGUACUGUGGGUUUUUCUGUUGGCUAUUGGAAAGAAUGUCUGCCUCGCUGAGCCUUUGGGGGUGAACUGGGGUGAUAUCUCGCGGCAGCCGCUUCCUCCUGGUAUAGUGGUGAAGAUGCUGCGAGACAACAAUAUAACUCGUGUAAAACUCUUCGACGCCGACUAUGAAACGUUGAAGGCGCUCGUCGGGACCAACAUUGAGGUCAUGGUGGCUGCUCCCAACGAUAUGCUGAAGAAACUCGCCACAAGUGAGAGAGCUGCCCGCGAUUGGGUCAGUGCGAAUGUCACUCGAUAUAUGUUUCGCGGAGGAGUCAACAUUAAAUAUGUGGCGGUGGGCAACGAGCCUUUCCUCAUCGCGUACAACGGGAGCUAUCAAAACGUCACUUACCCUGCUCUGGUGAACAUUCAAAAGGCUCUCGAAGACGCGGGUCAUGCAGGCCAAGUGUUCGCGACUGUGCCGUUUAAUGCCGAUGUUCUUUGUGGACCAUCUGUGGACUGUUCAGUACCAUCCGGUGGAGUAUUCAGGCCUGAUAUUGCCGAUCUCAUGGUCUCAAUAACCUCCGCUCUGAACCGCACAGGGGCCCCUUUCAGUCUGAAUAUAUACCCUUUCCUCAGCUUAGCGUUGAGUCCCGAUUUCCCCAUAGACUACGCAUUUUUUGGCGACUUCACUCUGACCGACAGUGCCACCAAUGCAAUCUACAGCAACGUUUUUGAUGCUAGUUUCGACACUCUGGUUUCGGCUCUUACUAAAGCCGGGUUCCCGGAUAUGCACAUCAUAAUUGGUGAAAUCGGGUGGCCAACCGAUGGGAACAAGUUUGCCAAUAUCCAGUACGCAGAGAAGUUCAACAACCAGGUUAUGACUCAUCUUGCGUCGAAGAAAGGCACACCAUUGCGUCCAAACCGUGAGUUUGACGUAUAUUUGUUUGGUCUGCUAGAUGAGAAUCUGAAAAGCGUAGACCCUGGCGCAUUCGAGAGGCACUGGGGGGUAUUCUACUACGACGGGAAUCCUAAGUACGCGCUCGAUCUCUCUGGUCAAGGGAACGCUGAUGUCUGGCCCAAACCAGCUGUGGGUGUGGACUAUCUUGAACCUAGAUGGUGCAUCGUCAAUCCCUCAGCGAUUGUCGACGCCGACGUGUUAACUAAGAACGUGGAUUAUGCCUGUCAACGCACGGAUUGCAGCGCUCUCCAAGAAGGCGGAUCAUGUAACGCUCUGGAUACCUACAUCAAAGCCUCUUACGCAUUCAACAACUACUAUCAGUUCAACUACCAGGACAAAUAUGCCUGCGACUUCGAAGGCCUUGCUACCAUCACGUCAUCGGAUCCAUCGCCGGGGGUGCGGCAGUGUCGUUUUCAGAUCGGAUUGAGCUACCAACCGGUGACGGCAUCCAGCGUUAGGAUUCAGGCAGAGAGUUCUGCUAUUGUCGUGCUGGUUCUUUUCGUUUCCUCUUUGCUACUCUGAUUAGAUCCGCGUAGGCUCAGUGUACUAAAACUUUAUUUUCUCACAUUUUUUCUUUUUCAAUACACCUGCUUGAAGCAGCUUAUGCCAUGUCUUUGAGAAUCACCGGAUGUAGUGUACACAAAUGGCAACAAACGCCCGUGUACGAAUUCCUCACCGGAUCUCACGGCGUUCACAAAUGUAAGUAAAUCGUGGAUGACUGGGUUGACCUCAAGGCUAUCAGCAGAGCACGCGCAAGCUCCUAAUUGAAUUUUGCAAUUUUUUCCUGG